GGCCAUUUCGCUCACAGAUACCCACGAACGCUAUUCACAAUGGCCACUCCACUAACCUUUGUCUACAAAUAUGCGAUCCCGAUUGCCUUCGGCGCGUCGUUCGUUCAGGCAUCCAUGUAUGAUGUCAAGGGCGGUACGAGAGCGGUCAUCUUCGACAGAUUAAGCGGUGUCCAAGAUAAAGUCGUCAACGAGGGAACGCACUUCCUUGUCCCAUGGCUGCAAAAGAGCAUUAUCUACGAUGUGAGAACGAAGCCUCGAAAUAUCUCGACAACCACCGGAAGUAAGGAUCUGCAGAUGGUGAGCUUGACGCUCCGAGUGCUGCAUCGUCCGGAGGUGCAGAAGCUGCCAAAGAUCUACCAGUCCCUCGGUCAAGACUACGACGAAAGAGUCCUCCCAUCCAUCGGCAACGAAGUCCUCAAAUCUAUUGUUGCCCAAUUCGACGCUGCAGAACUCAUCACUCAACGAGAAGCCGUUUCGAACCGGAUACGUACCGAUCUCAUGCGCCGUGCACAAGAGUUCAACAUCGCUCUCGAGGACGUCUCCAUUACCCAUAUGACCUUUGGAAAGGAAUUCACACGAGCCGUCGAACAGAAGCAAAUUGCUCAGCAAGACGCCGAGAGAGCGCGUUUUAUCGUCGAAAAGGCUGAGCAGGAGCGUCAGGCUAAUGUUAUCCGGGCUGAGGGUGAAGCUGAGAGUGCCGAUAUUAUCAGCAAAGCUGUUGCCAAAGCGGGAGACGGUUUGAUCCAGAUCCGAAGAAUUGAAGCUAGCCGAGAGAUUGCACAGACGCUGGCUACCAACCCCAAUGUGACAUAUAUCCCUGGUAAUGACGGCGGAAAGGAAGGAGGCAAGAACACCAGUCUCUUGCUUGGAUUGAGGUCUUAGGGCUAUCUUGGCGGGAAUUUUCAAAGCGUGUAUCAAAAUGGUUUAUUACUUUUUUUUCAUAUUGUGUCAAAAAUGUAUUUAUCCUUCUCCACUUUAUGUCAAGGUGUAGUCAAAUCUGGACUCUAAGGGUUACCAGG